GCUGAGCAGAGCCAGCCUGGUUGCGUGGAGGGUUGUUUUAUCCACCCACCCUCACCACUUUUUUUUUUCUUUCUUUUUUUUCUUUUUCUCUCGGAGUCUUAUUAAUUUCUCUGUGGGGCUGCAGCUGGAGACCGCGGAGCAUUGGAAAUGACGCUCGGAGGCUUAAUUACCGCAGCCGCCGGACAAGUGUGAGGAAAGCUGACAGGAAAAAAGAAGGACAGGACCGGGGGUAAAGCAAGAAGCUUCCCCCCCUCCACCCCUCCCUUUCCUCCCAAUUUGGACUGGAGGUGCAAGGAAACUGAAAAGGGAGCUGAACAGAGACCGGCUGGGGGGAGAGGCCGGAAACCUACCGCCUCUUUGCAAUCAACUUUUUUUGGAAACCCUUUUCCGAACCCUUCCUUUUUGUUGACCAACCAGUGAGAGAGUGAGAAAGUGAGGAGGGAGCGAGAACGCGAAGGCUCCCACAGGGAAAUAGCUGCCCGGUCCCCGGCCAGGAGCACGGCGCACACACUCGAGCACACUCCCACCCGCGCGCACCCUCACGCGCACCCUCUCCUGCUCCUGGGGCCCGGGCCCUGGACCCGCGGGCGCGGACUCGGUCGCCGCGCUCGGAGCGGGUGCACCGAGCGCACCAGCCCCCCUUCGCGCCCCCACGCGCGCCCGGCUGAGGGAUCUCCUCCGCGUGCCCGAAAGGGGAUAUGCCAUUUGGACAUGUAAUUGUCAGCACGGGAUCUAAGACUUCCAAAAAAUGAAGCUGGCGACAGGACUGUGGGGCUGGAUGAGCCUUCUCGUGGCGGCGGGGACCGUCCAGCCCAGCGCUUCUCAGUCAGUGUGCGCAGGAACAGAGAAUAAGCUGAGCUCUCUCUCUGACCUGGAGCAGCAGUACCGAGCCUUGCGAAAAUACUAUGAGAACUGUGAGGUAGUCAUGGGCAACCUGGAGAUAACCAGCAUUGAGCACAACCGGGACCUCUCCUUUCUUCGGUCUAUACGAGAAGUCACAGGCUAUGUGUUGGUGGCUCUUAAUCAGUUUCGCUACCUGCCUCUGGAGAAUUUACGCAUUAUUCGUGGGACAAAACUUUAUGAAGAUCGAUAUGCCUUGGCAAUAUUCUUAAACUACAGGAAAGAUGGAAACUUUGGACUUCAAGAACUUGGACUGAAGAACUUAACAGAAAUCCUAAAUGGUGGAGUCUAUGUAGACCAGAACAAAUUUCUUUGUUACACAGACACUAUUCAUUGGCAAGAUAUUGUUCGGAAUCCAUGGCCUUCCAACCUGACGCUGGUGUCAACAAAUGGUAGCUCAGGAUGUGGACGUUGCCAUAAGUCCUGUACUGGCCGAUGCUGGGGACCCACAGAAAAUCAUUGCCAAACUUUAACAAGGACAGUUUGUGCAGAACAAUGUGAUGGCAGAUGCUACGGGCCCUAUGUCAGUGACUGCUGUCAUCGAGAGUGUGCUGGAGGCUGCUCAGGACCUAAGGACACCGACUGCUUUGCCUGCAUGAAUUUCAAUGACAGUGGAGCAUGUGUUACUCAGUGUCCACAAACUUUUGUCUACAAUCCAACCACCUUUCAGCUGGAGCAUAACUUCAAUGCAAAAUACACCUAUGGAGCAUUUUGCGUCAAGAAGUGCCCACAUAACUUCGUGGUUGAUUCCAGUUCUUGUGUGCGUGCCUGCCCUAGUUCCAAGAUGGAAGUGGAAGAAAAUGGGAUUAAAAUGUGUAAACCUUGCACUGAUAUCUGCCCAAAAGCUUGUGAUGGCAUUGGCACAGGAUCAUUGAUGUCAGCUCAGACUGUGGAUUCUAGUAACAUUGACAAAUUCAUAAACUGCACCAAAAUCAAUGGGAAUUUGAUCUUCCUUGUCACUGGUAUUCAUGGGGAUCCUUACAAUGCAAUUGAAGCCAUAGACCCAGAGAAAUUGAAUGUCUUUCGGACAGUCCGAGAGAUAACAGGUUUCUUGAACAUACAAUCAUGGCCCCCAAACAUGACCGACUUCAGUGUUUUUUCUAACCUGGUGACUAUUGGUGGAAGAGUACUCUAUAGUGGCCUUUCCCUGCUUAUCCUCAAGCAACAGGGCAUCACUUCUCUACAAUUCCAGUCCCUGAAGGAAAUCAGUGCAGGAAACAUCUAUAUCACAGACAACAGCAACCUGUGUUAUUAUCAUACCAUUAACUGGACAACACUCUUCAGCACCAUCAACCAAAGAAUAGUGAUUCGGGACAACAGGAAAGCUGAAAACUGUACUGCUGAAGGAAUGGUAUGCAACCAUCUCUGUUCAAAUGAUGGGUGUUGGGGACCUGGGCCAGACCAGUGCCUGUCCUGUCGUCGCUUCAGCAGGGGAAGGACAUGCAUAGAGUCUUGUAACCUCUAUGACGGUGAAUUUCGAGAGUUUGAGAAUGGCUCCAUCUGUGUGGAGUGUGACCCCCAGUGCGAGAAGAUGGAAGAUGGCAUCCUCACGUGCCAUGGACCGGGACCUGACAACUGCACAAAGUGUUCCCAUUUUAAGGAUGGCCCGAACUGUGUGGAAAAAUGUCCAGAUGGCUUACAAGGGGCAAACAGUUUCAUUUUCAAGUAUGCUGAUGAGGAUCGGGAGUGCCACCCAUGCCAUCCAAACUGCACCCAAGGGUGUAGCGGUCCAACUAGUCAUGACUGCAUUUACUACCUUUGGACGGGCCAUUCCACAUUACCACAACAUGCUAGGACUCCCUUAAUUGCAGCUGGAGUCAUUGGUGGACUCUUCAUCCUAGUCAUUGUGGGUCUAACAUUUGCAGUUUAUGUUAGAAGAAAGAGCAUCAAAAAGAAAAGAGCCUUAAGAAGGUUCCUUGAAACAGAGUUGGUAGAACCCUUAACUCCCAGUGGCACAGCUCCCAAUCAAGCUCAACUUCGAAUUUUGAAAGAAACUGAACUCAAGAGAGUAAAAGUACUUGGCUCAGGUGCUUUUGGAACAGUUUAUAAAGGUAUUUGGGUCCCUGAAGGAGAAACAGUGAAGAUUCCUGUAGCUAUUAAGAUUCUUAAUGAAACAACUGGUCCCAAAGCCAAUGUGGAAUUUAUGGAUGAAGCUCUGAUCAUGGCAAGUAUGGACCAUCCACACCUAGUGCGGUUAUUAGGUGUGUGUCUGAGCCCAACCAUUCAGCUGGUUACACAGCUCAUGCCCCAUGGCUGCCUGUUGGAUUAUGUCCAUGAACACAAAGAUAACAUUGGGUCACAACUGUUGCUUAAUUGGUGUGUCCAGAUAGCAAAGGGAAUGAUGUACCUGGAAGAAAGACGGCUUGUUCAUCGGGAUUUGGCAGCCCGUAAUGUCUUAGUGAAAUCUCCAAACCAUGUGAAAAUCACAGAUUUUGGACUAGCCAGGCUCUUGGAAGGAGAUGAAAAAGAGUAUAAUGCUGAUGGAGGAAAGAUGCCAAUUAAAUGGAUGGCUCUGGAGUGUAUACACUAUAGGAAAUUCACCCAUCAGAGUGAUGUUUGGAGCUAUGGAGUCACUAUAUGGGAACUGAUGACCUUCGGAGGAAAACCCUACGAUGGCAUUCCAACGAGAGAAAUCCCUGAUUUAUUAGAGAAAGGAGAACGUUUGCCCCAGCCUCCCAUCUGCACAAUUGACGUUUACAUGGUCAUGGUCAAAUGUUGGAUGAUUGAUGCUGACAGUAGACCUAAAUUUAAGGAACUGGCUGCUGAAUUUUCAAGAAUGGCUCGAGAUCCUCAAAGAUAUCUAGUUAUUCAGGGGGAUGACCGUAUGAAGCUGCCCAGUCCAAAUGACAGCAAGUUCUUUCAGAACCUCUUGGAUGAAGAGGAUUUAGAAGAUAUGAUGGAUGCUGAGGAAUACCUGGUCCCUCAGGCUUUCAACAUCCCACCUCCCAUCUAUACUUCCAGAGCAAGGAUUGACUCAAACAGGAGUGAAAUUGGACACAGCCCUCCUCCUGCCUACACCCCCAUGUCAGGAAACCAGUUUGUGUACCGAGAUGGGGGUUUUGCUGCAGAACAAGGCAUGCCUGUGCCCUACAGAGCCACAACCAGCACCAUCCCAGAAGCCCCAGUUGCUCAGGGGGCUACAGCUGAGAUUUUUGAUGACUCCUGCUGUAACGGCACCUUACGCAAGCCAGUGACACCCCAUGUCCAAGAAGACAGCAGUACCCAGAGGUACAGCGCCGACCCCACAGUGUUUGUCCCAGAACGGAGCCCACGAGGAGAGCUGGACGAAGAAGGUUACAUGACCCCUAUGCGAGACAAACCCAAACAAGAAUACCUGAACCCUGUGGAGGAGAACCCUUUUGUUUCUCGGAGGAAAAAUGGAGACCUCCAAGCUUUGGAUAAUCCCGAAUACCACAGUGCUUCCAGUGGUCCACCCAAGGCAGAAGAUGAAUAUGUGAAUGAGCCACUGUACCUCAACACCUUUGCCAAUGCCUUGGGGAAUGCUGAGUACCUGAAGAACAAUGUACUGUCUGUGCCAGAGAAGGCCAAGAAAGCAUUCGACAACCCUGACUACUGGAACCACAGUCUGCCACCUCGGAGCACCCUUCAGCACCCAGACUACCUGCAGGAGUACAGCACAAAAUAUUUUUAUAAACAAAAUGGACGGAUCCGGCCUAUUGUGGCAGAGAAUCCUGAAUACCUCUCUGAGUUCUCACUGAAGCCAGGCACUGUGCUGCCUCCCCCACCCUACAGACACCGGAAUACUGUGGUGUAAGCUCUGCAGUGGUUUCUAAGUGGAGAGACACGCCUGCUCCAAUUUCCCUGCCGCCUAUCUUUCUCUUGUGGUCUUCCUUCUACUCCCAAGGCCAGUAGUUUUGAUGCUUCCCAGCGGAAGUUGUGGAGAUACAAUGAUAGUUACGUGCUUUUCUAACUUGAACACUAGAAGGAAGGACUGAAAGAGAAAGACAGGAGGAACCACACUGUUUCUUUAUUUCUCUGCAUGGGUUGGUCAGGAUACUGGAACAGCUAGGGAAGGACCGGAAAAUCUAAGGCAAUACUGCCUGCUGUCAAGUUAGUUCUCAACUUUUUUUCUGUUUUUUUCUUGUCCUUCCUUCCUUCUUUCCU